CCCCAGCCCAUCCCUACACCGGCAUCAGACGAACUGUCUGACUCGGCUGGGUUGGGCUGAGAACUUUCACUGCGAAUACUUCAAGUCGGAUCACCACUUCCCACUACUACUAUUAUUAUCACUAUCGCUAUCAGCCAUCCCUAUCGCUAUCGCUAUCGUUAUCACUCUCGCUGUGUACUAUUUCCACUCAAUAGCCAAGAAUACCCUAAUUCAGAUACUUAAUUGGAGCUGUUCCCCCCCCUCCCGUCAACGAAAUUUAGAAGAAUGAUGUUGACCUCCUCUUCCUCCGACUCCAAUUCGUCCUGCUCCAACAGUCCCAUCUCUCAACACCCUCACCCCCAGGCCUACUUUCCAUCUCUUCCUCGCCGCAGGGAACCCGCAAAAUGCCCUCGCUACUACUCGACUCCCUUGAGGGCUGACUCGCCCGAGUCGACCCCUCUCCAGAUGUACGGCCUGGAACAGCGUGAGCCCUCACUUUACGGCGACCGAUCGUCGAAGCUAUUGCGCCGGUUCUCCCACGCCCUGGACGACAUCAAAGAGGACUUUUCCCUCCAACUGGACCCGCGUACCACCGCGGAAAAGAUCCGUAGCAAGCGUCGCCAGUCUACCCUGAUGCUAGACACCAGCGUCCCGGGAUCCCGCUCCAGCUCGCUCUCGGGAUCGGAGAGCCCAGAGAUAGUCCCUCGUCCCCGUCCGAUGUCGGUGAUGUCGAAAGACCACGCCUUCGCUCCCCCGACGAGGAGAUUGAGUCGGAGACUGACGAUGCUGGGCUUCCGAAAGAACCGAUUUCGCGGCCAGGCGAGCAUCUCGCAGCCGAAUCUGAUCGGAUCGUCGACUCAAAUGUAAAGCCGACAUGUCACAUUUCGUCCCUUCCACCGCAUCGAAAAAUUCGAAACACCAAUAAUCAACCUAACACUCCUGUUCGUUUCCAUACGCACACUUAUUAUAAUUGCAUCUUCGGCCAACUACAAGCAUCCACGGCACCUUUCUUUUUCCAAUGGGUAAGCACUUGCGAUUGAUUGACUGCAUUCUUCCUCGGAGUUCAGGAAAGGCUGGCGGUACCAUCCGUCGAUACAUUUCCUUUUUUCUUCGUCCUUUUUCUUCACCGUUUAAUAUCCGGCCAAAAGUCAUUCCUUGGUUGCGUUUCCUAAUCUCUGUUUUGUACCUAUUACCUAUAUUCUUUCCUUAACCUUCAUAUGCAUUAGCUUGGUGUUGGGUGUCUGGAUAUCCUUCCAUGUUCAUAUUGUUUUCGUUGUCACAUUUUGACCUUUUUUUUCAUCUUGCGUUGCCCUUGCAUCGUACAUGCAUAUACAGGUUAUAUAUACAACCCUCGUCCAAAAGUAUAUAAAGCCAAAGUAUAUAUCACAUUUAGGAAUAAAAGAAAUCCUACACUCAUGC